AUGGCAAAGAAGAAGUCUGCAAGAAAACCGACCAAGAUGGUCAAGCAAAAGCUUGAGGCCACUUUCUCAUGUCUUUUCUGUAACCAUGAAAAGUCUGUGAUUUGUCUGCUCGACAAGAAAACCCUUAUUGGGUCACUUAAAUGCAAGGUUUGCGGCCAGAAUUUCCAGACAACCAUUAGUGCGUUGAGUGCACCUGUCGAUGUGUACUCUGAUUGGGUUGACGUUUGUGAGGAUAUCAACACCGAAGACAAGCGCGCCGAGAAUGACUAUGGUGCCGAAGAGCAAGAAGAUGAAGACAGAGAUUACAAUCCAAGAGGCCAAGGAAAUUUUGAUGGGUCCGAUAGUGAAUGA